AUGGGAAUCUCCCAGACACCCACAAGGGAACAUGGACCAACCUUGGACCCACCCAAAAGCACUCAAAAACCAUUGAACUCAGUCUCACUGACGCUGCUCGACAGGCGGUCAUUCAACAACACCUGCGGUCAGGCCAGCUACAAGCUAGUCAAUCCCCGCCAACCGGAUGGAUUUAUCGAUGUCGCCCUCACCAAGAAAUCCACUCCAAUGAACCAAGCCUUCUGUAAGCCCUCCAAGACAACGAGAGCGCCAGAAGAGACCACAAAUCGAUUUCUAGCACUGUGCGAUACUAAUGAUAUUUGGUUGAAAAGAAACCAACAGCACAAUGACACGGAAGCAGACAAUGCAUCGAUGAAAACAUUAGGAACAACAGGUACAGCAUCAACCAUUCGUUGCCUCGAUGACACGCCUCCACGAACCAAUAGCCAACGAUCGUCCACAAAAGCAGGUCCAAGACGUCACCACACAAACCAACAGCAGUCCAAAGAUGUACCGCGUGUCAUCCACCCAAUGUCGCUACCCUUACCACCCGUACUCGUCACGACGGCCACAAGACCUGUUGCAUGGGAAAGACCAAUUCCAACGAAAUCGUCUUGUUUUCCUCUAACUAGUCUCAAACCUUCGAAAAGAAGCAAAGGUGGAAGCCAAGGGAAAUCCAAACGAAAUACUCAGAGACGAAAAGACGAAGAAUCAAUUGUUGUCGAUCCAACCAACAGCAUCGAUUGGCCCAAGUUACACUCAUCCUCGAAGCCGCAACAGCAGGAGACUGAUGAAGAUCCCACGAAUUCUCUGGCUACUACCGCUGUUACUACUACUGCUACGGAAUGGCCAAAACUAUCUACUGCAAUAAACACGUCCGAUCUAUCUGUAUUCUCGACACCACAAUUGCAACGUGAUGAUUGUCUUGCCAAGGUACAACCAAAGCAUCCCACUGAAGGUGCCGAUGACCAUAGCAAACGUUCCAAACGCUUCAGACUCAAAGCCUCCAUUCAAGAGUUCCUCGCUGGCAAACAAAUCGGGCGACAGAAUACCAUCAGCAACAAGGGCACGACAACGGACGGAACCGCCAUCGAAUCUUCACCAGCAGCUCUGCCUCAGCCUACAGUGAUACUGCAACGAUCGCGCGUCUCCAUCAGCAUCCACACCACGGCGAUACUCAAAGGAUCGUGCUACCCAUGCAACAAAGUCCGGUACAACAACAGCAGAAUUCUCAAUGCCAGUGGUGUGUCCAACCUGUAA